AUGCCCACCAUCUACUCCUCCUUGUACCAGAGUUUCAUCCGUCAAGGAUUCGCCAAAUCUUUCACCCACGGCUACGCACAAUCGGUCGUAGCUGCCACCCACCCCCAUGUUCUAAACUCGCAGAACCGGCCGUCCUUUGCCAGGCGGCACAGCAACCGCCUCGGCCGGUUACAGACCCUCCAGCUCCAGAAUGCCUUCCACACGACCGCCUCUGCCGCUGGCGGCGUCGCUGUCGAGCACCGCCAUGGCCACGACAAGUCGCUCAGCCACGGCGGCCUAGAUGCCUACUUUGAGCAUCUGCAGGCCCGCCAGGCCGAGGAGGCCGAGGAGGAGGAAGCCGACAAGGAAUGGGUCCAGUUCCAGUUCCAGCGUCGCAUCGAGUGGAAGCCCAGCCCGGCCUCCAUCCUGCUCGGCCCGGACCACAAGCCCAUCAACACCGACACCCUCGAGAGUGGCGAGCCGGGCGAUGGACAGGUCCCCGACGAGGCCCGCGUGGCACUGGCCCACAUCGAUGCCGCCAUCGAGAAGGAGAUUGAGGUUAGACGCCAGCUUGAUGUGUUGGAGGAGGAGGCACGCUCGACCCGGUCGCCCGCCCCCUCGGCUGUCGAUGAGGCCCUCUCGCGAUCUCUGACCCCGGUGUCGCGGAUGAGAACCCCCGAGAGCAUCGCCCGCACCGCGACGCCUCCCGUCGACCCCCAAUCGCUGACCUACGCCAACCACCUGACCAAGCUCUCCGAGGCUGGCCGAUAUGCCGAGAUCCCUGCGGUCUUCGAGGCCAUGCUGGUCGCCGGCGUGAGCCCCAUCGCCACCGCCUACAACGCUCUCCUGGUCGCCGCCAUUCACCUGCCGUCCGCCAAGAACGAGAUCGUGACCAAGGCCCUGGAUGUCUACGCUGACAUGCGCCACCGGAAGGUGACGCCCGACAGCGACACCUACAACAUCCUGGUUGGCUUGCUCGCGGCUCGUUCCCUCGAGGUGUCUGCUCUGAAAAAGUCCCUCGAGGACAAGCGCGUUCGCUUCGGCGGCAUGGAGGAGCCUGGCAAGUUCAUGUUUGGCUCCCACGAGCUCGAGUACGCCAUCCUGUCCGAGGAUGACCGCCUGGACCUCGCUGUCCAGCUCUUCGCCUCUUCGGUCACCGCAGACAAGGCCGCCUACUCAUCCGAGACCUACCACCAGCUGAUCUCAGCCUGCGCUCAGGCGGGUCGCGUCUCCGACAUGCUGCACCUCUUCGAGCACAUGGAGGUCACCAAGACGACUCCCUUCGCCGCCACCUUCCCGGCCAUGAUCACGGCCUUUGCCAGCUCUGGCGACCUGGUCAGCGCCGUCGAGUGUUACAGCGAGUACCGCAACCUGGCCAUGGCCAACGACAAUGGCGAGGCCACUCUGCUCGACCGCCUCGACGCUCAGGUGUAUGCGGCGGUCAUCAACGCCUACGUCAUCUCGGACAAGCUCGAGGGUGCCAUGAAGUUCUACAAGAAGAUCAUCACCGAGUACGGCGCCCGCGCCGCCGACAUCAAGGGUGCCAUCGUCAGCGGCGGCUUCGUUCAGGGCCUCAUUGAGCGAGGCAUCUUCGAGGAGGCGCUUGCCUGGGCUCAGCACAUCGAGGCUGAGGCUCGCGCCUCGGCCAUGGGCAAAGUUGCCACCCUGGCUGCCGACAACAACAACAAGCAUGCUGCUGUCGCCGCUUUUGCUAACCUGCCCGCUGGCUUCGCUGAUGUUGCCAAGCCCGCCAUGGCCCUGAUGGCGCUCAGCGUCCGCGAGGGUGACAUUGUCGCUGCUUCUAACUACUGGCAAAUUCUAAGCAGCCCCGAGGUCCAGGUUACCCCGUCCUUCAUCGAGCCGACGGCCAUGUAUGCUGUUGCCAUGAUUGGCUCCGGCCAGGUCCUCGAGGGCCUAACGCAGUCCGAGGUCAUGUUCCAGCGCAUCCGUGAGUCUGCUCAGGAUCGUGCUCAGCUCGCAGACGAGAUCGAGGAGGGUGUCGAUUUCAUUGCGCAGUACAUGGCCGCGAGGAACAUUGUCGAUCCUCGCUCAGUGUCUCCUGCUGUAUCUCUGGUGCCCGAGACUUUCACUCCCUCGCAGUACUCAUCUACGCCCACGGUCUCCAGCUACGAGGACACCUUCGACCCCUAUGCGCACAGCACCGACUUCCGGGGCUCGUCCCUGAUUGCCGACGACCUGGAGGGCCCCCACGCUCGCAAGGGACCCAAGCUGAGCGAUGCCAUGGGCCGCUUCCGCAACAUGCGCCGUGCUGGCCGCCACCCUCGGUACAUCACCUACGCCAAGCUCAUCUCGGCCGCCGCCCGCGACGGCAAGAUGGACAUGUGCCACGACAUCCUGGCCAUGGCCCGCACCGAUGUGCCCCUGAUGCCUCAGUACGCGGUUGUUCGCUAUGGCUGGUCCUCGAUCCUCGACGCCAUGGUCGGCGCUUGCCUGACCCUCGGCGACCGCGGCCUGGCUGAGCAGUACCACCAGGAGCUGCUGGCCAUGGGUGCCACGCCCUCGGCCAAUACCUUCGGCCUGUACAUCACCACGCUCAAGGAGUCUACCAAGACGUUCGACGAGGCCACCGAGGCCGUCAAGAUCUUCCACCGCGCCAAGGCUGAGGGCGUCGAGCCCAGCUCUUUCCUCUACAACGCCCUGAUCGGCAAGCUCGGCAAGGCCCGCCGCAUCGAUGACUGCCUCUUCUACUUUGCCGAGAUGCGCGCCCUGGGCAUCAAGCCCACCUCGGUGACCUACGGCACCAUUGUCAACGCCCUGUGCCGCGUCUCGGAUGACAAGUUCGCCGAGGAGCUCUUCGACGAGAUGGAAGCCAUGCCCAACUACAAGGCCCGUCCGGCGCCCUACAACAGCAUGAUGCAAUUCUUCCUGACGACAAAGCGCGACAAGGCCAAGGUGCUGUCGUACUACGAGCGCAUGCUGGCGCGCGGCAUCUCGCCCACGUCGCACACAUACAAGCUGCUCGUCGACACGCACGCCACACUCGAGCCCGUCAACAUGGUGGCCGCCGAGGCUGUGCUCGACCGCAUCCGCGCCUCGGGCCAGCAGCCCGAGCCCGUGCACUACGCCUCGCUGAUCCACGCCCGCGGCUGCAACAUGCACGACAUGGCCGGCGCGCGCCGCGUGUUCGACAGCGUCGUCGCGGACCCGAGCAUCCCGCCCAGCGCGUGCCUGUACCAGGCGCUCUUCGAGGGCAUGGUGGCCAACCACGUCGUGUCCGAGUCGGAGGAGGUGCUGGCGCAGAUGCGCCGCCGCGGCGUCGAGAUGACGCCCUACAUCGCCAACACGCUGAUCCACGGCUGGGCGGCCGAGAGGGAGAUCGGCAAGGCGCGCGAGGUGUACUCGCGCGUCGGGCGGUCGCGGCGCGAGCCGAGCACGUACGAGGCCAUGACGCGGGCGUACCUGGCCGUCGAGGAGCGCGAGGCGGCCAAGGGCGUCGCGUCGGAGAUGCUGGGGCGGGGGUACCCCAGCGCCGUGGUGAACAAGGUGCUUGAGCUGUUGGGCGGUGGUCAGGCGCAGGGCGGUGAGGAGGGUGCUUCUGCUGCCGCCCCUGCUCCCGCUGCUGCUUCCGUCGCUGCUUCUGCUUGA